AUGUUCGGCUCAAUUGUUGAUUUCCUCUCACCUGCGGCCUUGACCAAACGCUCUUCACGCAAGGUGGCCACCCCGGCUUCCAAGAUGACUCGCCGCAGCACCCGUUCCUCGUUGGAAGCACCCGCUCAGCUGGUUGCCGCUGCCGCUACGCCCUCCGAACAGCACGAUGACAAUGCGCCGAUUCGCGCCGACGAGGCCAUUAUUGGUGUCGACUUCUCCGGUCCUUUAUUGACGCCAGAGGCCAGCCGUUCUGAAACAUCCAGCAACAAUGAGCUCGCUGCCAGCGAUGAGAAGCCCGUGUCACGACGACGAUCGACACGCGUCACGCGUUCGUCUCUGCCGGGAAUGGAUAAACUGCGCGAAACAGAAGAGGACAACGAACCCAACGACUCAGAGGCGUCAAUCGAGCCCAAAAAUCGUACCGUCUCGGGAGAAACACUCGUCAACAGCCUUAUAGGGAGCCGUGCCUCGCGGUCUUCUUUGAGGCACAGCGCUCCUAUCGCGGAGAACUCGUGGAGCCAGACCACGCUUCUGCGCGAAGGCGCCCAGAACGACGAGAAUGCUCGACCUGAUACUCCAGAGUCGAAGGACUCUAAAGAGUUGAAGGACUCACCAGAGUCAUCUCGACGUCGGUCUAUGCGUGCUCGUGUAGUAGAAGACCCACAGGAUGAGCAAACAGAUGAACCGACACAAAGAAAGGAUGAGCAGGCAACCGAUUCCCCAGGGAAAGCAGGGAAAGCAACGCCUCGACGGCGAUCAUCUCGGCUUAGUUUGGUUACAAGGGCUACGGGAGUGCUCGACAGAGCUGCUAGUGUUCUGGGCAAACGAUCUCGAGAUGCUAUGGAGAAGGCUGUCAUGAAGCGUCGGGCAAGCUUGCGUCCGCGACAUUCUCUCCCAGCAAAUUCAGAGCUGGCUUCAUCCAACACGACCCAGACUCCAGACUCCAAACGGCGCAGACUUUCCGAUAGCGAUAUACCGUUAAAGAAAGACGAAUCCGACAAGGGAGCUGCCAAGGCUGCACCUGGCCCCGUUCGACAUAAGCCCAAGCGAUGGCUGGAUAAAGGCCUCUACACUGGACAACACCGUGAUUACGACGCACGUCUCAACGAGGCUAAUAAUAAGAUCAAAUUCUCCAAACGCACCGCGCCAGUGAACACCCAGCGAAAAUUGCUCCCGUUACCCAUGUUUGCUGGGGAGCGUCUUUUGAAGAAUGGACGGGAUUUCAAGCUACCUUUCGACGUGUUUUCACCACUUCCGCCAGGCCAACCAAAGCCGGAUGAGUGGAAGAAGGUCAACAGGAAUGUGUUCGUUGGAGAUGCUGCAAGCUUCUGGCGAGAAAAUAAGAAGAUUGAACUUUCCACUUGCCUUUGUGACGACGAGACGGGCUGCGACGAGAACUGCCAGAACAGGUUCAUGUUUUAUGAAUGUGACAACAGCAAUUGCCGCGUCGGACCCCACUGUGGUAACCGAAGUUUUGAUGAGCUGAAACACCGAACGAAAGCCGGAGGCAAAUACAACAUCGGUGUCGAGGUUAUCAAGACCGGAGAUCGAGGAUAUGGCGUGCGAAGCAACCGCACCUUUGAGUCAAACCAGGUCAUUGUGGAAUACACCGGCGAAAUCAUCACACAGACGGAGUGUGAGCGACGCAUGAGGACCGUCUACAAGCAUAACGAAUGCUACUAUUUGAUGUAUUUCGACCAGAACAUGAUUAUCGAUGCAACCCGUGGCUCCAUUGCUCGAUUCGUCAACCAUUCGUGUGAGCCAAACUGCAGAAUGGAGAAAUGGACAGUCGGUGGCAAGCCACGAAUGGCCCUUUUUGCGGGAGACAGAGGGAUCAUGACCGGAGAGGAGCUAACUUAUGACUACAACUUUGAUCCCUUUUCCCAAAAGAACGUGCAGGAAUGUCGCUGUGGUGCUCCGACAUGUCGCGGCGUUCUCGGUCCUAAACCAAAGGAUCGCCCGACCAAAUCUGAUGACAAGAAGAAGCCAAUCAAGAAAGGCAGCAAGGCAACCCUGUCGGGAACUAAACGCAAGCUGGGCAACGUCCUUGAUGAGUCGACGUCGGCGUUGAAUAAGAGGCGCAAGGUGAUGACUAGCAAAUCGGUCAAGAAGACCAUCACCAAGGUAGUCACCAAAGCCAAGGCUUCUCUCGGCAAGAAGGGGCCUAUGCAGGUUAAAAAGAACGUUACCGUGACCAAGGCUCAGACAAAGACGAAUGCCAAAUCACCCGCCAAAAAAAUUAGCAAGUCAAGGGUCACCAGAGUAUCCACGGCGGCGGCCAGAUCAUCUCCUAAAGCCAAGGCCAAGACACAAACUGCGAAGGCUACUUCGCGAUCUUCGAGUAGCCAGGAAGCUACCAAGGCCAAGCCCAUGUCUGCUUCUGAGAAGAUCAAAACCAAGCUGAAAGCCACGGCACGUCGCUCCACGAGUUUCAAAAAGGGCACUCAGACGCUCAAGCUGAAAAGCCCGGCGGUCAAGAAGACAGGUAAGAAAACGCCAUCGAAAGCCACUCCUGUCAAGACUCCUACCCGACCUGGGAGCACUAGAAGCAGGAAGCCUUCUGGUCGGGCAUUGAUGUCCUGA